CGACAAUUUCCAAUUUAGAAAGAUCAAAUCCCUCACAAGUCCUAACUCUAACCAGACCGAAAGGAUUAAUCCUCAGAAAAUCCUCAAUUAUCAAUAUUUUUCAAAGUAGUAUCGGGGGAGAGAACAGGAGAUACUCACAACUGGGGAUAGCUUCGAUUCACUUGUGGAAACGGGAGUUCAAGAGAUUGCUGCACCUGGAAUUCCCUUUUCUGAAAAUAAGGUUUCAAAUUGGGGGAAGAAAUGAGAAAAAGACCAGGAAUUGGUGGGUUGCAGACAGCAGCAGCUGCUAGGGAUCAAUAUCGGUUGCUUGGAGAAAAUGUAGCCAAGAUCAGAACAGAUCUCAUGAAGGAACAACUCACCACUUUUCGUUCCCAAUUAGAGGAUUUCGCUCGCAACCAUAAGAAUGAUAUCCGGAAGAAUCCUGCAUUCAGGUCACAAUUCCAUGAGAUGUGUGCAAAAAUUGGGGUUGAUCCCUUGGCUUCAAACAAAGGAUUUUGGGCUGAGCUAUUGGGAAUUGGUGACUUCUAUUAUGAACUUGGGGUUCAAAUCGUUGACAUUUGCUUGGCUACAAGGUCUCUCAAUGGGGGUUUAAUCAACUUACAGGAGCUUUGCACUCUACUUUGUCAAAGGCGAAAGGCUGCUCGUGACUUUGUGUCUGAAGAUGAUUGCUUACGUGCUAUAAGUAAGCUGAAGGUAUUGGGCAGUGGUUUUGAGGUGAUUUCUGUUGGAAAGAAAAAGCUGGUUCGAUCAGUUCCAACUGAGUUAAACAAAGAUCACAAUGAAAUUUUGGAGCUGGCCCAGGCUCAAGGUUAUGUGACUGUUGAAGAAGUAGAGAGGCGUUUUUCCUGGCCAUCAGGCCGUGCUACAGAUGCUUUGGAAACUUUACUCGAAGAAGGUCUAGCUAUGAUUGAUGAUGGUCACAGAGACUGUAAGCGCAGGUAUUGGUUUCCAUGUGUAUCAGUCUCUGCGUCUGCGUAGCCUUUUACUAUCGGCCUUCUGUAAAUGUAAUAAUUUCACUAUGAGAACAAUCUCCAAGUGAUAUUGUUUGUCAAAGAAACAUCAUCACCAGUAUGAGAAAAUCAACAACAGCGUUGACACAAACUUUGAGCAUGUGUAUUCAAAAUUAUAUUUACACCAGAAUCUAAUGUGAGUAGAGGAAACCUGUUUCAAGUUU